AAGGAGAAGAAGAGCGGGCUGCUGAAACUUCUGGCAGGAGCAUCAACAAAAAAGAAGUCACGCUCCCCACCAUCCGUGUCCCCCACCCAUGACGCCCAGGCAGCCAUCGAAGGAGUCCUGCAAGGGGCAGUGGGACCCGAGCUCUCCUCCCUCUCCAGCCACGGCAGGGCCGGCUCAUGCCCUAUCGAGAGUGAAAUGCAGGGAGCCAUGGGGCUGGAGCCUCUGCACAGGAAAACAGGCUCCUUGGAUUUGAAUUUUUCCAUCCCUUCUCCUGCCAGGCAGCCCCUGUCUUCCAUGGCAGCUAUUCGGCCAGAGCCCAAGCCUUUGCCCCGGGAAAGGUACCGCGUCGUGGUCCCGUACCCACCGCAGAGUGAGGCUGAGAUCGAACUGAAGGAAGGUGACAUUGUGUUUGUGCACAAGAAACGGGAGGACGGCUGGUACAAAGGGACGUUGCAGAGGAACGGCAGGACGGGCCUCUUCCCCGGGAGCUUUGUCGAGAGCUUCUGAGGUCAGCUCACUGCUCUCUCAACUGGAGGAGCUUUCAGGGGAAACUGCAUAGCACAAGAAGAGACAGCAAAGAGAAACUGGACUGAUAACCACUGCCAUUUUUAUUUCCAAAGACUCCCCCCAGGCCCUUCAGUCUACAGCUCUGGAGACGCAGUGCCCCGCUGUGCUCCCGAGACCGCGUGCGGUGCAUACAGUGGUAUGUUGAAGUAGUGCCUUCCACCGGGAAUCACAGACUGAAAGGACGCCCAUCUGGACUGUACGUAACCUAAACUCCGGCUGUUAACCCUUUGUGUAAAUUAUAGAGAAGAUAUCUUUAAAAAA